GUUGAAUUAAUUUAAUUAAAACGGAGGUUAUGGAAAAAGGUAAUUACAACUCCUUAUUAGGCCUCUUGGUGAGACACACCAUUGCUGGAGCUGGAAUCAUGAUGGAUGGACUACCUGCUAGAAUCUGUACAUUUUUUGUUAAAAUUUGAGUUUGGUUGAAAGAAUUUUAGUUAUAAGACGGUUUUAGAAUUAAUCCUUGAGCCAAAAGUAACCAUUACACAAUUUCUUAAUAAUCACUUAUGGUUAAAGACAAGAGCUUCUAGUUAUAUAUGGGAGUAAUUGUUUAGUUGUACUCUUCUCGUGAUUUGCACAGUUCACUCGGCUUCCUUCUUACUAAACUCUAAACAUUAUUAUAGGCAAAGACAUGUCAUUAUUAGAGAAAGUUGAAAAAUACGAAUCAGCAAAUUGGAAAGUUUGGGACGAACGCAUGAUCCAGGGAUGAGAAGUUAGUCCAGGAAUAUUCUGUCUUAAAACUCAAACAUCUCUUAAUAUCUCAUGCAAAAAUGCAACCGAAUAUCUCCUUAAUCCUUUGAAAUUUAAGAAGUGGGUUCUUGGAUGCGAAGACUCUGAUGAAAAAUAUGGAGUAGAGCCUUACGGAAAGAUAGCAAAACUGAGCAUGAAGUCUUAUUUAUUCAAACUAGUUCCUCAUAAAUUUGAUGUAGACAUUUUUAUCUCAAGCCAAGAAAAAGAAAAGGAGGUUCAGAUCUUCUACAAGUCAAUCAAUAGUUGAAUCAUGAUUCCAGAUUUCUUUGUAACGAUCACUAAUGAGGUCUUUCCAGGUCAAGCAAUUUCUUUCCUGCAAGCUAAAAUAGUUGUCAAAGGGGGUAAAUCUAUGUUCUCUGACUACUUCACAAAGAGGUUUGGAAUUGAGCUAGCUAAAAGUAUCAAGAACUUACAGAGCUUCCUUAGUGAAGAGAAGUUUAUCCAAGAUAGACCUAAACUAGUUGUAUCGUCUACAAUCUCUACUCAGAUUGAAAGGUCUCUCAAAAAGAAGAAGCCUAAAGUAGAAAUUGAGCAGAUUGAAGUGGAAGAAGUAGGCAUUGAUGAUGAUACAAAGGGAGAAUUAAACGCGAAUAUUUCAAUGAUGAGAAACAGGAAAACACAUCUUGUUAAGAUUCAGGAAAAUAUGGCUGAGAAAAACCCCUUCGGAACACCUGUUAAAAGGCAUAGUGGUCAUAGAAACACUAAAGAUAUUGAGUACCUGGAGCCUUACGAGUACCCUAACUUCGGCAAAUACAAAGGAUCACCAAGCAAAGAGAGUUAUAUAUAUGAAGAUGAGGAGGAAAAGAGCAACUUAAUAGAACCUGAGAUUUAUUCUAAUGGAGAACACAACGAGAUUAUUGAAGAAGAGAAAAUAUGUACAGACACACACCUUCAGAGCAGACAUAUAGAGGAGGAAAAGAAUGGAGAAAUCAAGCAAGAAAUUCAGGAAGAAAACAAAGGAAAUGACCAGUCAUGGAGAAAGCUAUGAUACCAAGACGGAAUCUGGCACAAAUGGAUAGUUGAGAGACUCGAUGAUGACCAAAAAGAAGCCUACUACAGUGUAAAAGACAAGCUAGAGCAGGAAGGAAUCUCUCUUAGCGAGAAUAAAAUCAUUAGAUUCCUAGCAGCCAGAGAAUUUGAUGAAGAUGCUGCUUAUAAAAUGCUUCAAGAGAAUGUGCAGUUCUAUAAAAAGCACAAUAUCAGUCGUACCUUUGAUGAAGAUGAAUUCAGAGUUCAUAUCGAUAGGGAAAGUAUUGUUCCCCACAAGGCCGACAAAUACGGGAGACCAGUACUCUAUAUGAGGCUGAGACUCAGCAAGCCAAAAGAGGAUACAGAUGACAGAAAGCUUAUGCUUUACAUGUUAUGGACAAUGAAGGAAGUUAGCAGAAGAAUGCCAAAGCACUGAGAUAACUAUAUUCUCGUAUAUGAUCUUAAGGAUGCAGGAUUAGGUAACAUCAAUCUCUCCCAGAUGAGUGGUGCUGCAAAGGAAACAGGAUCUCAAUUCCCAGAAAGAAUGUAUAAGAUAAUUGUACUAAACUCUGCAUGGUGGGUUGACUGGAGUUGGGGAGCCAUAAAGAAGAUUAUGUACCCCAAGACAGUCGAAAAGGUGAAGUUCUUCAAGAAAAAAGAGCUUCCAGAAGCCUUAGAAGAGUAUAUCCCAAUAGAAAACAUUCCAGAAGAAUUUGGUGGCCUCGACAAGGAGUAUGCUACCAAAUUUAGGCAGUAGGACCAAGGGCUAAGCCUUUAUUAGCAAUUUUUACUCGUAAAAUACAAAUUUUAGCUUAAAAUUCUC